UAGUUGGAGAAUACAAACGAGUGAUUUUGAAGGUGAUGACCUCUGUCUUCCGAGGAACCCUAAUGGGUAUUCUCCACCAGCUAUGGGACGACACCGUCGCCGGCCCGCCGCCCCUCGGAAAGCUCCGCAAGUACACCUCCUUCCCCGCUUCAUCCUCUUCUGUCGCUUCCAACGCUGGCGCCGCUCAGAUCACCCGCAGCGUCACCAUCCUCCGCACCCGGCUCUCCCACGCCGCGUCGUCCCCCAUGUCCCCGGAGAGCGCGCCGGAAUCCCCUAUCUCCUCUCCGGGGCCACGGGGAGACUGGAAAAGGCCUUGUAGAAAACCGGCGCCGGCGCCGGAGGGAACGGAUAUUGCCGUACCGAGAGCGCCUACCGUCUAUGACUGGGUGGUGAUAAGUGCACUGGACAGAUGAAGCUUGGGAGGACGUGAACUGAAAGCAAAAGGAGUUGUAGGAAAACAAAAAAUCUGCUUUUGUCUUUUGAUCUUUGUAGAUGGUGCAUGUGUGUGUGUGUUGCUGUUCAUAAGAAAGCUGUGGAUGGAUAGUAGAAUGAAUUUGGUAGUGUUGAGUUCAACCUUCCAAUCACUUUCUGAGUUGUGUUCUAGUUUUUGCUUGAUCCCUCUUCCUUUUGCAUUGUGAUCCAUCUGUUCUCCUUUAGUUUUUUUGUCUUCUUGGCCUUGUGAUUAAUACCACUGUUCUGUUUUGCUGAA